AUGGAAGGGACAAUAAAGCCAAGUAACAUACGCGCAAUCUUUUAUAUUGAUCCGUACAACCCAAAAGCAAAGACUGUUUCCGAGAUGUUUAGUUUGCUUCAAACAACAAAUGAGGAGGACGCUAAUGUCAUUUGUGUCUUUGGUGGGGAUGGGACAUUCCUCCAUGCGUUCCACAAGUACGCCGAUAGGAAGAUUCCCUUUCUUGGGAUCAAUUGUGGGAAUGUCGGGUUUUUGAUUAACAGCAUUGAGGAGGUCCGCGGGAGUGUCGAGAUCGAUCGCCCCGUUCGCUGUUAUACCCACCCUUAUUUAACGGCAACUUCCAUCAUGGGAGAGAACACUUUACCUCCGGUAAAAGCGUUUAAUGAUGUUUGGAUAGAGCGGAACUGUGGGCAGUGUUGUUGGUUUGAAGUGUCUAUAAAUGGAGUCGUACGAAUUCCAAAAUUAACGUGUGAUGGAUGUAUUAUAUGUACACAAGCGGGAAGUACAGGGUAUUCCAGGAGUGUUGGGAUGAUCCCAAUUCCUUAUGGUACUCCUCUCAUUGGACUUGUUCCUAAUAAUGCCAGUUUCCCACACGGGAUUAAACCUAUGUUCUUUCCAAUUGGAACAUCUAUUACUAUUAGAAAUCUACAACCUUAUAGAAGAUUUACUAGAGCUUUUUAUGACGGGAUCGAGAUUGGAGAAGUGACACAAAUCUCAGUCUGUGUUGUCCAAAACGGUUGCACUACAGCUAUGACUCAUGAUAUGGAAAGCACUGACGUGUUCUUGGACAAAACUCUCUCAUUUUUUGAUUGA